AUGGAAGAAGUAAUAAAGUGUGUUGUGGUUGGCGAUGCGAGGAUUGGUAAAACUGAUCUGCUGAAGAAAUUUUCGAAAGGACGUUACAUACCUGCAGAUUAUGAAUCUCAGCAUAUUACGUCAUUUGAAAAUUGCAAUGUGGAGGGCGUGACAGUCGAUGGAGAGCCUUACUGUUUAAAGUUAUUUGAUACUGGUUCUCUUGAUGAUUCCUUAGCUUCAAGACAGCAUCUUUAUCCUAAUACCGACAUUUUCCUUGUGUGUUUCUCAGUUGUAUUACCAGAAUCGUUUGAAAAUGUAAAGACAAAGUGGAUACCAGAAAUAAAACUUCAAUGUCCGAAACCAAAGUUUGUUAUCAUCGGUCUUCAGGCAGAUUUGCGGCACACAUUGAAAAACACAUUCGCAGGAGAUAAAAAUGAACCAAUUGCUACUGAUGAAGGCCAAAAGUUAGCCAAAGAGCUCGGUGCUAUUAAAUAUGUUGAAUGCUCCACCCAAGCUAAAGUAAUGUUUUGA